AUGGCAGCACAGCACAACAGAGCAAGCUGCCCAGCGUUCCUGAGGGAGCAGCACGCGCGAAACGAAGCCGUGCGCAUCCACGCCCUGGCCCAACAAAUCCCAACCGACCGGCAAGGCGUCGCUGGCUUCGUCAAUCUCGACGUCGAGGAUCUCCCCUCGUCAACGGAGUUAAUGUCGGGUCAAGCAAUUGACUCGGCAACAAUCUUCGGAGAUGAGUUCACGGCACGCAGGUACCGUGAUGUCCUGUUGCCGCCAACGGGGCAGCAAGAUGGGACGAUCCCUCGGACGGCGGAGCAGAAGCGCGCCCACGUCAAAGUCCUGUUCCAGGCAUUCAAGUCGGUCCCGUCGGCCAGUACGGAGGGAGAAAAGAUGAAGGAAAAGUUUGUGAAGGAGGAGCACAACAACCACCUCGUCGAGGUCAUGUGCUGGGAGUUGUUGGGGGAUUUGAUUCAGCGGGCAGAAAAGGCCGUGAACUUGGUGGAGGCUUGGGAGCCCGGAAAGGCUAAGGGCAAGACGGAGGAGUGGACGUUUGCAGAACGCUUCGACCAUUUGGUCGGGGCGAUGGCUGAAUCAAAGGCCAUCUGCAAGCACCUCUUCGACGUGCCUUUCCGGGUCAAGCUGGUCGAUGACCCUCUCCGCAGCUCAAAACGAGUUGCAUCAAACCGAGUGCUGAAUCAGAAGAAGGCCGAAUCCCUGAAGCGAGGGAGAGAGGCAGAGAAGGAGGACGACAAGAAGGCCAAGCGGCAGGCGACGGGGGCACAGGUAGACAACAACCUGGCCCUUCAGGCAAUCCAGCAGCAGGCCCAGCAGUUUGCGUUUCCCCAGCAUGGGGCUCCGCAGACACCGCAACCCAUGGGCAGAAACAUGGGACCAACUGGACAGCUGCCGCAGUCAGAACUCCGUCGAUCUGCAAACGCCACGGCCAGAUCUUCCUUCUCCACGCCUCCUCAGGGCAUUCCAAGAUCAAGUGCGCCAGCCUCCAACAUGAGGCCCAGCUUUCCGGCGCAAGGACAGCAGUAUGGUUCGCCGCCUGGCCAGCGGCGACCAUACAACGUUCCUUAUGGCCACGGAUCAGCCGAGAUGCAGGCGAUCUUUGGCCCCCCUGCACCACUGGGGUCAAUGCCACACAUCUACAACGGUUCAGGUGCUGCCAUUCCUCUACCACCACAACAGCUGCAAGGAUUUCCUGGCCCUGGGAUGGCACAGACACACUUCCAAGGCUCUGAGCCGACUCACUUGGAAGACGAUGAUCCAAGCCUGGACCCAAACGCGCGCUUCGACGACGGAGUCUCCCGGGUGCUGACUGCAGAAGAGCAGGAGGAUUUGAGUGUCUUCGAGCCGUACUAUCCUGAGCCUGCAGCCUCGCGCAACGCCAGGGCAUUUGACCCUUCGACCCCCUCUGGCACAAACGACACCGAAGACGAAAACAACCCUGCAGCCGGUUGA